AUGAAAUUAAUAUUAUUGAUAACAUUCUUUACAAUAUGUAUAUGUUUACGCUAUGAUGAUGGGAACAGUGGUAACUCUGUAAUUGAAGAAUAAAUUAAAGAGAUCUAAUAACAUAAAAUUGGUUAAGCCAUUUUAAAGAUGGCUGAGUUAAAUUAUAAAUUAUAAGGUCCUGUAGAUGAAUUAAUUUCAACAAUUAAAAGUUUUGGACGUUAAUUGAUUGUAUAUUUAAGAAUAAUAUAUAGGAAAGAGUAGAAUAAGAGAACCUCGAUUACGAGGCUAUAAAAGCAGAAAGCGUUGUAAAAGUUUAAUAAUUAAAAUAAAUAAUUUCUGAUGCUGAAAACGAAUAGAAUAAAUAGAGAAAAAGAAUUGGAUAAGAUCUUGAACUAAGAAAGGUAAUUCUAAGUUAUUAUUAUUUAUUAGAAUGAUAUAGAAAAAGAAUUAUUAAGAUUGAAGGAUUCUAAACAAUAAAAUGAGUCUAGACUUUAAAUGUAAGAGGCUUUACGUAAAUAAUAAUAUGAGAAUUUUGAGAAAUCUAAGAGAGAUAUAGGGGAUUUAAUUAAAAUAACAGAUGAUACUUUAAAAAUGGUAGGAUCCUUAUUACCUAGACCUGAUUGCAGUUUUAUUGAGAUGGAUAAAAUUUAAUUGAGCAAAGAAGAAUCAAAAGAUUUGACUAGAAGAUUAAGAAAUAUCAAAGGAAGAGUAUUUAUUGCAAUUAAUUGUAGGUAGAUGGAUUAAAAGGUUAUGAAAAUGUGAUGGAAACUUUAGUAUAAUUAACAGAUUCAAAUUUUAAAUAGAGACAUUUUAUAAAAUCAGUUUUGGAUUUAUUGAAUAAACUACGAAAAUCUUUGGUUGAAUCUCAAAACAAAUUAAUAAAUGAUGAAAAAGAAUAAGAAAGAGCAUUUUCUUAAUGGGAUAGUGCUCAAGAUAAUGAGACAAAUGUUUUUGAUAGAGAAUGGAAUGAUUUAAUGGAGGAAAGAGAUGAUAUUUAAUCAUUCAUUGCUGAUUGUGAAAAUAUAAUAAAAAUCCAUUAAGCUGAUAUUGAUUUAUAUGGGGAACGUGUUAAAUUAGAAGAAUAAUCAUUAUUGAUAAGUAAGUAAACCCAUGAAGAAUUGGUGAAACAAAUAAAUAAUGAAUUGGAUAUUAUUCAAAAAUCCAUUAAAUUAUUGUAUUCACCUGCUAUUUUUGAAUACUUGAAAUACAAAAUAAACUUAGGUCCCUGAUU